UUUAGUUAGCUGUUAUUAGCUUAUCAGUUAAUUAGUUAAAAGUUAUUAGCUUAAAAAUAAUUAAAUAUUACAAGAUUUUUUAAUAGGUAGCAUAAAUAGAUACUAAAUAGGUACACAUUAUUUGGCCCUGUAAAUUUUCAUUAAAUGUUAUCAGAUUAUUAUUGGAUUCAUUGUUUUCAUGUGUUAGAGCUUAAUAAGUUUAUUUAUUUCCGGCCUCUAAUUUAGUCAUUCUAUAAUGACUGAAUGUUUUUUUUACCAAGUUUGUUUUGUGAUUGUUUAUAGCUAUUAGAGUUGAAAUAGAAUUUUAAUUGUUGUUUAGAAUUUAGUCGUCGCCCGUGUGGUUAUUUAUUCGAUUCGUUUUGAUUUAACUAUUUAUGUAAACAUUAACGCAUUGGCACCAUUUGGGGUUCAUUUUUAGCUCCAUAGGUGCUAUUUUCUCUCACCGUUGAUCCAUUUUUACCUAUUUUGUGUUUUUUUUUUUUUUUACCUAAUUUAUAAAAAAAUUAGUAUAAUAUACAACUUUGUAAUUGAACCAUUAGCGACCCAACAAGGUAUAUUAGGCAAUGCCGGACACCUUGCCCCCUUCCCCAAGUGGUGUGCCUGAAUUAAUGCCAAUACAAACGGCGCUAAAUGUACCUGUUAAGCGUACUGAUACUGUUUGUGUUCGACAUUUUUUAUUGUAUUAAUAUGGUUGAGUGUAACUAAUUAUAUAAAUAUUGUAUAUUUCGAGUAUUUUAUUAUCCAAUAAGUAAUAAUAUUUAAUUAUAUAAAGACAUUUUUUUCGAAAUUUACUAGUUAUAAGUGACGAAGACUUAAAGAUAUAUACAUUACGUGUCAACCAGUUACAGCGUUUGUCUAGCUUUAACGUUCUUCUCGCUAUUAGUAAAAAUGUGAAAAAUUUGUGAAUGUCUGCGCUACGUUUUUAUUUAUAUAUGUUUUUUUUGAUAUUCUAUUCAAUAAACUUCAUAUUUAUUAUUUUCGUUUUUUUUUUUAGUUCAUAACAUAUUGCUAUGUCGAUUUUUAAAAAUCACAGAAAACUCUGGAACAUUUGUAGCUGGUCGUUAUAAGCAUGUCAUGAAAAAAAUAUGAAUGAAAAACAAUAAACCGAAGGAAAGUGAUUAUUAUUCUUGAUCAAGACUUUUAUUCAUUAUAAUAACUAUUACUUUAAAUCCAUUGUACUUAUAGGUAACUAUUGAAAACCCGAUUUUAAUAGAAACGUAGUUGUAGAAAAUUCACCUUGCGGUAGGCGCCUAUAUGUGCGCUGAGGCAAUUUUCACACAAGUUUUGGACAAGUCUGAAGAUUCUGGUAAUCUGGUCCACGUACGACAUAGGAUCUAACUAAUGUCUAUAAAUCAAUCAUCAAUUUUAGGUUGACAUUAUUUUACGGCUACAAUUGUUCUGCCUAGCAAGUAGCAACGCCGUUCAUUUGUCAUUUCUUUCGACGCCAUCGGCCAUUGUCGCACACAUUUUUCUUACAACGGUUCAUCGAAAAUGAUUUUUCCUACUGCAGUUUUGUUAUUUGUGCUUUGGUUGUGGCAAGAAAGUGAAUAUUUCGGUUUAAAAGAAAAUGGUGAUGACCAAUUAAAUAAUUUUAAUAUCGAUGAUGAAUGCAUUUGCUUAUCAAAGCAGUUAGAUACUUUUAACUGCUUAUCUGAACAGUUAGAAACUUCUGACAAAAGCAUUUGUUUUCAAAUUGAGAAUUUACUAAUUAUGUUCAAAAUAAAUAAAUUAGUAAAAAGAUCUUAUAUUAUGGGGCCAGAUUUUUUUCGACGUUUUUUCCCCUCAUCUCAAUCGGAGGAAUUUCCACAUCCUACAUUGAUUCCCUCAAACAUUAAGAAAAAAAACAACUUGUCAAACCGGAUUCGGAGAAACUCUCAAAAUUCAACAACAAUCAAGACAAAUUCAUUAAACUACACCAUUCAUAACAAUUCUUUUUCAUCGACCACUCCUUUGAGUCUUCUUGUGAAUCAAACAUCAAAGACAACAAAACAAAAUCACACAUCAGAAAAAUAUGAUAAUGAUACUAUGAGCGUGACAACACCAUCUAUUAUUGGAAAGAAUAUUGUAAAUGUGGCCAACUUAACUUCCUUGACUAAUAAUUCCUUAUCAGGGAUGGCCGAAUUCAACAGUCCAGCUGAAAAAGAAGAAGAAAGGAAAGAAAAUAGCAGAGGCAUUGAUGUUUGGAUUAUAGGUUCAGUUUUGUUCUUUGUUUUCUUUAUGCUGGCUACUGCUUACUAUUACAUGAGUAACAUUGGUUCACAACUCAGACGUGGGAGUUAUGGAGUUCGUUCGAUGUUUCCCAACAACAAUACCGAGUCUGCUGUCUGAUUUUUCCAGUUAAAAAAUAUUUGGAGUUUAGAGCUGGAAAAGAUUUUCCAGUUAAAAAAAACUCUGUACUUUUCCAGCCUUAAACUCCAAAAACUUUUUAUUAUUAAUUCUAUACUUAAUUAUUUUUUCAAUCAUAAGAAUAAUGUUCGGAACAUAAUGUUACCCCUCAA